AUGGCACUCUCAAACCGCGCUCACGAAGCCGAAGAGGCCUGCAAGGGGAUGGCUUUGUGGGAAGUCAUCACCAAUCUCUACGAUCAGGAGACCAAUCCUGAGGGUAUUGUGAGUCUUGGGGUGGCUGAGAAUACACUCAUGCACGAUGUCUUACGAAAACACAUUCAUGAUAACUUGGCCUUGACCAACCCUGCUUUCACUUAUGGAGAUGGUACCACGGGUACGAACAGAGCCAAACAGGCCGUUUCUAGGUUCUUGAACAAGCAUCUGAAGCCUUUCCGCGAUAUUGACCCAGCACAUAUUUCCAUGACCAAUGGAUGUAGCGCUGCCAUUGAGCAUUUGUCGUGGGCAGUUGCGAACCCUGGUGAUGGGAUAUUGCUAGGCCAGCCCUACUAUGGUACCUUUAUACCAGAUCUUACAUAUCGUUUUGGAGCCAAGCUUCUUCCAGUUGCAUUUGGUGACGUCGAUCCUCUCUGUGAAGAGGCAGUGACCAAGUACGAGGAAGUCAUUCUGGAUUCUCAAGCCAAGGGGAUCAAGGUUGCCGGUCUAGUUAUCAGUCACCCACAUAACCCCUUGGGACGUUGUUAUUCCCGUCAAGCUCUCAUUGCCUUCAUGAAGCUGUGUCAGAAGUACAAGGUUCACUUUGUCAGCGAUGAGAUCUACGCCCUCUCAGUCUGGCCGAACACUGUUGAUCAACACCCUCCUCCUAUUCCUUUCGAAUCUGCUCUUUCCAUCGACACUACGGGCAUCAUUGACCCUGAGAGGCUGCACGUUCUAUGGGGCAUGUCCAAGGACUUUGGUGCCAAUGGUAUCCGAGUCGGGGCCAUUAUAUCUCAGGCCAACCCAUCCCUCCACGCUGCUAUCGUUGCUGUUGGUCUGUACAGCUCUGUAUCUUCCAUCUCCGACCACAUCACUGCCAACGUUUUGGAGGACGACGCCUUUGUCGAUUCAUACUUGGCCGAGAACCAAAGAAAGCUAUCAACUCAAUACGCCCGAGUCGUUGCUUGGGCAGUCAAGAACAAUAUCGAUUACGCUCCCGGUGUAAACGCUGCUUUCUUCUUAUGGGUUGAUCUCGGCAAGGUUUACGAGGCACGGCACCUAAAGAUUGAGACUGACGAUAUCACGGAUCUUGUCAUGGACAAAUUGAUUGAAAGGAGAGUCUUUCUGGCCUCGGGUAAAGCCUUUGGUUCCGAGAAGCCAGGCUGGUUCAGAAUUGUAUUUUCCCACCCAGAUGAGUACCUUGAUCUCGGUCUCCAGCGAGUGAUGGAAGCAUUGCAAUAG